AGCCAUAGCAACGACGCAGAGAAACCUUCCCGGCUAAGUUUUUUGAAAUCUUGCUCUUGUCUUCCUUGCAUCUCCUUCGACAAGACAGGCAAUAAGAAUGGAUUACAAAAAGAAGCCAACAGAAGAAAAGCUUGCUGAGAACGAGCAAAUGAAAAUCCUUCCUAAUUCUCCUCCACUCUACCCGCUGCCUGAAGAGAUAAUAAAGAUGGAGCGCAACGAGACCAAGUGCGAUUACUGUGGUGUAAGCUACCUGACUUUAUAUGAGAAUCGUCAGCUCCAGAGUCGGUUGGCUCUGUUAGAGGCUGAGCUCCAGGAAUGGAAGGAGACUGCCCAGAGGGAACAGGCCCAACUGGAGGCUUGGGAGCUGAAUGGGCUGGAACAGGAGAGGGAGCUUCAGGCACAAGUUGAUGUCAGGGAGAAAACCACCAGAGACGAACUGGAGAAAAGGUACCGGGACAUGACAAAAACGCUAAAAGAUGAGUUUGAAGCAAAAUUUGAUAGAAUGAGGAAUAAGAUGAAAGCGGACCAUCAAAAAAUCAUCGAAGAGAAAGAAAGACAGCUGAGAAGGGAGCUUGAAGACUUGAUGGUGGAGAAACUAGGAAAGCAGAGAGAAGAACUGAAGAAGAGUGCUGAGGAGAGAGAAACUGUUCUGAGGACUGACCUUAAGAAGGCCAAAGAAAUUUCAAAGAACCUGAAGAAAAACCUUCAUGAGCUCAGACAGCGACUGGGGACGGCAGACGACAUGAAGGAUGAGGCACAAGAGAAACUUGGAAAAGAGAAGCAGAAUGUUGAAACACUCAAAGGUGCGCGUGCGCGGCUGCAGCAGAUCCUCCAAAAAACUCUGAUCGUUCUUCACUUCUGUGGCAGUGGGUUCACAGACUUACAGGGUUUCCUCCAUCGGCUGACUGGGGCUUGGCAGACUUUCAGUUCUCAGAUUUUGCAGCACUGCAAACAGGGCUUUUCAGAGCUGAGCAAGGAGCUGCGGCAUUCCACUGUGGAGCUUCAGAAAGCGAAAGAAGAGAACGGACACUUAACUCAGCAGCUGAUGGAACAGAAGACGCAGUGGGAUGAGCAGCUGCUUAAACAGGAAGACGCUGAGAAGGAAUACGGACAGAAACUGCUCAGAUUAACAGUGGAAGUAGAGGAGAAAAAUAAGAAGUGGUUGUUAUGUCAACAAAGGUGUGAUGCCAUGGAGAAGCAGCUGUUGUCAUGGGAGCAGAGAGAGGAAGAACUAAACCAGAAGUGGCAUGCAGCUGGAGAGGAAGUGAUGCAAACUAGGGAAAUUCUGGAAAAGAUUUGGCAGGAAAACGGGGAGCUGAUCAAAGAAAGAGAUAUUUUGAUUGAGUCUCAUGAUCGAGCCGUGAUCAGCAUGAAGUACAACCACAGCAAAGAACUUGCCUCAAUGCUGGCUUCUGCUCUGGAAGAAGAAAGACUUCAGAGUUCUUUGCACCUACAGAAGAAGUUGGAAGAGCUUCGAAGGGAGGCUGAUCUACAGCUGAAGACAGAGCGGGAAAAGAGGCAGGCGUUGCUUUCAGAACUUCGCCUAAAGCUGGAGGAGGAGAGGCUGGCGGUGCAGCACCUGAGACGGGAACUUCAUCAGGAGAGGAAAUGCAGAGACGAUCAGAGGACAGAAGAGGCAGCGAGGGAGAGGAGAGAGAAGGGGGAACACCGACAGGGGCAACAAAAGCUGAGCCAAGCUAAAUGUGAGCUAGCUCUGGUAACUGAGAAGAAUGUCACACUUACAGAAGAGGUGGCAUUUCUCGAGGAUACGGUAUGGAAGGAGUGCGAGGAGAGGGAGGAGCUGACUGCUGCUCUGUCUCAAGCCCAGCAGGAGCUUUUCGGGCUCCAAUCCAUAAUGUCUCCCCGGAGUUCCACCGGGUCUUUUCCAAACCCCCCGGAGACGCGGGCAACCCCGGGCAACAAGAGUGUUUAUCCCCAGGGUAACGCCGGAGGGCCUCUUCCCGUCUCACCAGCCUCACUCCAGCCCCCCUCUGCCUGCACAGACAAAGACAGAGGCCUGCAUAUAAAAGUGGGGGGAGCAGAGGAGAGUCUGGAGUCCAGGAAGGGUGAUGGAGGUGUGGGUGGAGCAAAAAAGCAGGAGGGGAAGCUGCCUAGACUGAAAACAAGCGGCGCAGAGAGGGAGGUCAGACGCAAGGUCAGAUUAAUGAUGGGGAAAACAGAAAUGCUCUAGAAACCAAACUGAAUGAAGAAGUUCUGCAAGAUUAAACAUGUGACCCGAAAAACAGAAUUGUCUUUUUGUUCUCAAUCAACUCUUAGUAAAAAUACUAUUAGUAGUG